AAUCAGCUGUGCCAUUUCCGACUCGAAUAAGUUAAAUUAACAAUUUGUCCGCAUUUUCCUUAAUUAUAGGAGACCUGAGGCACAAUGCCGUGCUUUAUGUGCACCCAUAAUGUAGAUAACGCCAUCAGCAAUAUCAAAUUCGAUUCCGUCGAAGCUGACUCACUUGGAUUAAAGCAAAUAAUUGAAAAACACUUUUGGUUGCGGUUUACUGAUCCAGUCAGUGGAUACGUGUGCGGAUCAUGCUGGGAACAAUUGUUGCUGUUUCACAACUUCUAUUUAACCGUGGAGAAUGCCCACAAAGCGCUCGCCGCACUGGCAACAAAGCAGCCCGAGGAGACCGAGGAGAGCAGCACUCCAACAGCCGUGGUUGCGGCCGUUUAUGGCGGCGCUGUAAAGGAUGAGAACGAGGAGAGCGUGGCAGCUGCCGUGAAGCGCAGGCGUGGGCGUCCACGCAAAACGCCUGUCGCUGCCAAUGACGAGGAAUUUCAGAACGUGCUGGAGCAGAUCAAUUUAAAUGAGAUUAAAAUUGAGUAUCCCGAGGCAGAUUUGACCAUCGCAGAUGUGCUGGAGGAUCAGGAGGAGCAAGACUUUGAGUCACACAGUGGCUGCGCAACGGAAGAUGACGAGGACGAACUGGAGGCGCCCAAACCGACUAUCACUCGCAAGGCUCGUGGACAGGCCCGCGGGCGUGGCCGUGUGCGGCUCGCAGAGAAGCCAAAAAAAGCCCCCGUAUACAAUCAGCAGAAGUCGAGCGAGUUCAAUGACUACAUCAAGCAGCACUACAAGAUGCAGUGUCCCGUGUGCAAUGCCCCCAUGGAGGGUUUCUCAGAUAUGCUCGUACACGUGCGGCGGGAGCAUCAUCAGCGCGGCUACGCCGUCUGCUGCAAUCGAAAGUUUAGGAAGCGCGGCGUACUGGUUGACCAUCUGCGCCGGCACGAGGAUCCCGACCUCUUCAAGUGCACAAUCUGCGAUCGCGUCAUGGGCCAGCGGCGCAGCCUUGAACUCCACAUGCGAAUGCACAGCGCCAAGUCGCAGGGGCGGCUCUACCAGUGCGAUCAUUGCUCGAAGAGCUUCUACAGCGCCGUCGUCUGUGAACGCCACAAACUAACGCACAUUCCCAAGGAGCAGUGCCAGGUGAAGUGCACCAGCUGCGACAAGACCUUCCCCACCCAAUACACCAUGCAGCAGCAUUUCAAGCUCGUGCACUUGAAUUUAUAUGCCAAGAUCUGCGACGUUUGCGGCAAGUCGAUACGCGGGCGGGAAGCACUCGUCCGGCACAUGAAGGAGCACACGGGCGCACCGCAGGCCACCAUCGAGUGCCAUUUGUGCGACUCCAAAUUGACCACCAAAUACGGCCUGGCGCGUCACAUCAAAAUGAUGCACACUCUCGAGAAUCUACAGCCGAUGCAGUGCGAGCUUUGCCUCAAGGUUUCACCCAGCCUGCAGGCGUACCAGCACCACCUGAAGUACACCCACAACACGGCACGCAAUCAUCAGUGUCCGAUGUGCGAGAAGGCCUUCAAGCGACCCAACGAAUUGCGGGAACACUUGACAACGCACACGGGCGAGGUGCUGUACACCUGUCCCCACUGCACGCAGACCUUCAACUCGAAUGCCAACAUGCAUGCCCAUCGCAAGAAGGUGCAUCGGAAGGAGUGGGAGGAGCACCGCCGGCAGCGCUUGGUGCGGGGACGCAAAAAGGAUUCAAUCAUUGCAGCCAGCGUGCGCAAGACCACCGCGGGCAGGGAGGACGGCAGUGCAGAGCCACAGUCCACGGCUGUCGAGGCACUAGCUAGUCCUCCUGCAGCGGAGGAGUGCUAACACAGUGGCGCAUAAUAAAGCGAAAAGUAAUUUCUGUUCAAAGAACUGCGAGAAUCGAUGUGUAAAGUGGGGGCUGGGCGACUGUAACCGGCUGUAACUGGUUCGCGGAUUGCACCCUGAUCAUCUCGAACUGGUAUAACGGACAUCGACGCUGCCUUAUCAGCGAUUAAGGUCGAGUCUGGUAAUCACUUUUUAUUAUAUUUUCAUGCCGCGAGCACAUAUAGCACAUGGCUCUGUGGCUCAAGCUGGCUUCAGACACUCGAACCGGUUUGGUUUGGUUUUUUAAGUGGAUCUGCUCCACGUCUUAUCAACGGAUUGGAUUGGCAUUAUCAUGCUCAGUUCAAAGGUACCAUCGAUCGGCGUGUGUGUUUAUGUCGUUUUUUCUAGUCUCAUGCAGAAUGCUUGAAAUCUGUGCCA